AGGGCUGUGGCAGUGUCUCGCGCCUGAGGUUCUCAGUGCUCACCCUCCCUGCGCACCUACAGCCGCAGACCGCCGGGGGGCGGGGGAUGCCGGGCUGCCGCAUCAGCGCCUGCGGCCCGGGGGCCCAGGAAGGGACGGCAGAGCCGGGGUCGCCGCCGCCGCCCCGGGAGCCCAUGCCGCUCUCUCAGCCCCCGCCCCCAACUCCGACCUUGACCCCUACCCCGACCCCAGGUCAGUCCCCGCCGCUGCCGGACGCAGCCGGGGCUUCGGCAGGCGCGGCCGAAGGCCAGGAGCUGCAGCGCUGGCGCCAGGGCGCUAGCGGGGUUGCGGGGCUCGCCGGCCCCGGAGGGGGCUCUGGCGCGGCGGCGGGGACAGGGGGCAGCGCGCUGGAGCUGGCCGAAGCACGGCGGCGGCUGCUGGAGGUAGAGGGCCGCCGGCGCCUGGUGUCGGAGCUGGAGAGCCGCGUGCUGCAGCUGCACCGCGUUUUCUUGGCGGCUGAGCUGCGCCUGGCGCACCGCGCGGAGAGCCUAAGCCGCCUGAGCGGCGGCGUGGCGCAGGCCGAGCUCUACCUGGCGGCUCACGGGUCGCGCCUCAAGAAGGGCCCGCGCCGCGGCCGUCGCGGCCGCCCCCCAGCGCUGCUGGCCUCGGCGCUGGGCCUGGGCGGCUGCGUGCCCUGGGGCGCCGGGCGACUGCGGCGCGGCCACGGCCCCGAGCCCGACUCGCCCUUCCGCCGCAGCCCACCCCGCGGCCCCGCCUCCCCCCAGCGCUGACCUCCACGCCUGGACCCCUGGCCGCCCCGACAAGCUUCGCCGAGGUGCCGACCGACCGACUGAUCGCGGACGCCGGCUGCAUGGACUACGCAGGAAGAGACAGUGGGGGGCCAGGGGCCCAGUAGAGGAGGCUGAGGUGCGGUCUUAGCGGCUGCUCCUUCCAACUCCUCAGAGCCUCCACUCUAUGGAUCUGGACUCCUGGAUUCGGCUUUCUCCCUGGGCACUUCUUUCAGGAAGACGUUGAGAAUUGACCUUACACAAUCCCAGCGCCGUCCUCACAGGAGCUUUCACUUCACAGUGGCAAGGUGCUGGUUCUGGGGAACUGGCCGAUGCUCUUAAUUUCUUCACAUACCCCACGUUUGACUUUGGCUUACACUGUACAACUGGAGAUGUUGCUACAGGUCCCUGAGAUGCAAUCAGAUCAAGCGUAGCAAGCAUUGCCAAUGGGAAACUCAAAAGAAUUUAUUUUUUUUUCCCUUUCCCCCUACCCCAUCCCUGGCCAAGAAUUUCUUUUAAAGAUACCGUCAUCUGGCCGGGCGCGGUGGCUCAAGCCUGUAAUCCCAGCACUUUGGG